UCUAUUAUAUACAUAAUUUUAAUUCUAUAUUUUCACUAUGUACUACAUAUUUUAAUUCGCCCAAUUUCCAUAAUGUACAUAAUGUCCAUAAUGAAUAUUAAGAGCCUAUUAAUGUUUACAGUACAAUGCUAGAAUAGAAAAAAUUAUUUGUAGCUAAUAAAAGGUAUUAAAUCCAUAUAUUUGUGACAUAUGUGGGGUAUAUGUUUCUCAUUCAUAAUUUAUAAGUACGAAGACGCAUCAAAUAACAAUUUUAAGUAUCAAAAAACAUGGCUAAAUAAUUUUGUAUAGCCUUUAAAAUGUAAAUAUACAAAUUAUAAUAAAAUUAUAAUACUUAACGAGGCUUGAUAAGCGUUCUAUGAAAAAUAUCGAGAUAGCCACUUUGCUAAAAAUGAUGACUUUUUUGUUAAUAGUUUCACAUGUAAACAUAUACAUUUUUUAUCUUCUAGCAAUAACAUUUCAAAGUAGCAAUUUUGUAUAUGUUUAUUGGAUUUCUUUGAAGUAUUAAAUUAUCUAUUUAAUCUUCAAAUAAUGUCUCUUUAAUGUCUUUUGCAAUUAAUACUCAUUUUUACGUUUAAAUCAUUAAGGCGAAAUUAUGUUUGCUGGAAUAAUUUAUUAAUUGCCACUAUGGAACGUAAAACAUGGUCACGAUAAGAAAUAGUCUUCCUAAUGGAGCAAUUAAUUUACAAUUUCAUUCAUUUCAUCUAUAAUUUCACCUUUCUACGCCAGGAAGACUUUCAAACACUUUUGAUCUUUGCGUUUUAAUAUCUUCGAAUGAUGGCACAGUUACGUCCGACGAUUCAUCAAAUAUUUCGUUUUAUACAAAUAAGCAAUAUUAUAGCGAAUACGUGGCCGAAUGAUCCUGAAGGAAAAUUAAUUUUUAUUCUGCAACAAAUUGAGUGGAGUUUUAGCGUCUUCAACAUAACUGUUAUAGAAAUAUCAUUGAUGUGUAAUGUAUUUUAUAAAUGGGACGAUGUAACAACAAUGAUGAAGAGUUUGUCGCAAUUUUUCGCUGGGAUAGAGUCGCUACUCAAUCUUAUCAUAUUCAAAUUGAAAAGCACGGAUAUACAGAAUCUUCUAAACGAAGUAAAGGAUUUUUUUCGCACUUCUAACGACAAUGAAAGAGCUAUUCUACAAAAAUAUGUGGAGCGUUAUUUCUACUUUUUCACAUUUGUUCUAAUAUGCCACUGCUUAGUCGUUAUCGCUUUCUCUUGCGGUCCUAUUUUUCUUUCGACGAAGUUUCCUCUUGAAGUAUGGUAUCCAUUUCUUACUGAAUCACCGACUGUGAUAUAUAUCCUCUACAUCUUACACAUGCACAUUAUCAUAAAAGCUGGUUUUAAUUUCAUUGUGAACUUUACAUUUGCCAUGUUUUUUAUGUAUUCAUCUGCAAGAUUAGAGAUGUUAUGUUUAAAAAUUCAAAAUGCGAAGAAUAAAAGACAGAUAAUUUUAUGUAUUAAGGACCAUCAGAAAAUAAUCAAAUUCGUGAAUAAAACAAACUAUACUGUGCAAUAUAGUCUUUACAAAACCAACAUUGUGAUGGCAUCAAUUAUUAUUUUUGGUGCUUUUCCAAUUAUUUGUAAACAACCAUUAUGGGUAUCAUCUCAAUUCAUUUUUAUGGUGAUCUGCGGAUAUCAAAGAUUAUAUGUUACUGCCUGGACAGCAGAUGAUUUAAAGGAAAACAGUAAGCAAGUUGCAAUAGAAAUAUAUAAUAUACCAUGGGUUGGAAACUCACAAUAUAAUACUAAGGAUAUACAUUUUAUGAUUCAAAGAAGUCAAAUAUCACUCAAAAUCAGCAUAAGAGGUUUUCUCCCAACAUUAUCCCUUGAAUAUUUCGCUAAGUAUCUCGUGACGAUGUUAUCUUAUUUCACAACAAUGAGAGCAAUAAUUGGUGAUUAACAUCAAAGAAUGCGAUUUAACUAUGUGAUAUCUUCCUUAUAAUAUCUGUUUAAUAAUUCAUGCGCAAUAUAAAUAGCAACUUUGUUUAAAAUAGUUUUGUUUAAUGCUAGAUUGUAAAAUAAUAUAAUCAAAUCAUUAUUGAUAAAAUAGC